GACAGUUGUUCAACAACACCGAGUCCAUCGGCCAUUACGUAAAUUAAAAAAAGCACUACUGUCUGCAAACAGCGGGACGUUUUCUCUUGUUUUCCUGUCAUUUUUGUCUCUAUCAGCCACCAUGAGCGACACAAUCUAUCCUCCAGAGAGCAUCUAUAACCUUAUUCCCAGAGAGGAAGAGAAAGCCGUGAAAGCACCCAGGUACAUGUCAAAGUUCCGAGAGCAGGUGAAGCUGGAGAAAGAGGUGAACAAAGCCCCCAGUAAAACUAUGGGACCAGCAAAAGUGGAUGUGCCGUCACCACAGAAAUAUCUACUGAAACACUCCAAGGAGCCCAAACUCGCCGAGAGGAAACCUUUUAAAUAUGAAGAUGAUGAGCUACAUAGUAAACCACCGAUACCUGCUAGAACAGACAAGCCGCUCAUGGGUCUCCACAGCAACAAGAACUUUAUUAAGACCAACGCUGUAGAGAACAUCAUGACAGUCCCGAAGAAACCGCAGCCUGUGUAUGCUUAUACCAAGAAGGGAGACAAACAACUGUUGGAGAAAUCUGGUCUCAUCCCAAAAUACAUAAAGAAGAAGGACUAUGGCCUAACUCCAGAGUACCUGCUCCAGCGCAGAGAGGAAGUGAAGAAAGCACAAGAAGAAUAUGACAACUAUGUCAAGGAGCGAAUGAGAGAAGGGGCCAUGAAACAGCUUUCAGGUGAAGAACGCCACAAUAUCCUGCAGGUAAUCAAAUACAAAUAA